GGAAGCCGCCGAGUGAUUGGUGAGCGGAGGAGUUUUCUUCCGCCGGGAAGGGAAGAGCGCCGGAGGCGGGGAUUUGAGGGGGUCAGUUGAGUCACGAUUACCAGGCUGGGAGGUCAGCAUCCGGGAGGGGUUUGUGGGUGAACUCUGGGUCCCCCGCCCGCUGAGGAGAUGGAUGAGGACGGGCUUCCUCUCAUGGGGUCAGGCAUAGACCUGACGAAGGUGCCAGCUAUUCAACAGAAAAGAACAGUGGCUUUUCUAAACCAAUUUGUGGUGCACACUGUACAGUUCCUCAACCGCUUUUCUACAGUUUGUGAGGAGAAACUGGCAGACCUUUCACUUCGUAUCCAACAAAUUGAAACAACUCUCAAUAUUUUAGAUGCAAAGUUGUCAUCUAUCCCAGGCCUAGAUGAUGUCACAGUUGAAGUAUCUCCUUUAAGUGUCACGAGUGUCACAAAUGGAGCACAUCCUGAAGCCACUUCAGAGCAACCACAGCAGAACAGUACACAAGACUCUGGACUACAGGAAAGUGAAGUAUCAGCAGAAAAUAUCUUAACUGUAGCCAAGGAUCCAAGAUAUGCCAGAUAUCUCAAAAUGGUUCAAGUGGGUGUACCAGUGAUGGCAAUAAGAAACAAAAUGAUAUCAGAAGGACUAGACCCAGAUCUUCUUGACUUUCCUUUCGCUGUGCCUCAUGUACACUUGGAAGCUUCAGGGAUUUAGCAGUGAUCAUGCCAGCCUCUACAGAUCGCGUCUCUGUCUGUAGUUGAGUCUCCAUGGUAAUGAGAAGCAAAAAGUGCUGAAGCAGCACACUAUGUAAGGACUGGCAAGAGAAAAUACUGCCGAGGCCUCUACAGGCGUAGCAUUUAAUCCCCAUGGUGCCGAAGAAGCCCGAGAGAAGCACGCUGUGGUGUGGAGCGGGAGACUAAGGCCAUGGACUUGGCAGAUUUACUAGCAGCAAUAUUCUAAGACGAACCUAAUUUACAGUUUGCAAGUGCUCUUUUCAAUUGGAAAAGACCUUGAAUUUUUCUUUUCUUUUC